UAUAUAUAUAUAUAUAUAUAAUAAAAUAUAGGGGAAAAAGGACGAUAGACAAGUAUUUUAUUUCUGCAGCAAAACUAGAGUACCUAUAAAUCUAAUGAUAGAUCAUAGUCAUAUAUUGGAUGGGCGUUAUCAUCUUAUUUUUCCACAGUUCCAAUAAAUUCUAACUGCGUUGUAACUGCGUGUGAGUUCACACGGCAGGGAUAGUACAGCACAGGGUUCUAGGAUCAGAUUCAUUCAAGCAAACGCGCAGGAUGUGAAUUCGGUCUCACAUAACUGCAGCUGAUCUCAGAUCAGAGCUUCGUCGCACCAAUACCGAAUGAGCGUGUGACGCCAUUUCCGAUGCCGAGAUGGCGGUGGAUUUGACUCCGCGGUUCAGAAGACUGAACAGUCAAACCUGUUUCAGAGCGAAUAAACAACUGUCAGGUUUCUCUGGGCCCUUCAGGGCCACUCAGCUGUGGCAGAACAUCAUUGAGGCCCUGCGGACGCAGGUGGAGCUCCGACCCCGCAGACAGCACCUGCGUGUCCAUCAUGACUGCUUCACUGGCUCUGAUGCAGUGGACGUAGUUCUGAGCCACCUCAUGCAGAACAUCUAUUUCUGCUCCAGCGAAGUGUCCCGUCUCAAAGCUGCCAGGCUCUGCCAAGCCUUAAUGGAGUCUAGAGUGUUCGAACCCAUCGGGAUGAAGCUCUUCAGACGCGAAAAAGAAAUGACCUUUGAGGAUUCCAGCUGCAGCCUGUACCGCUUCCUAGAUGGAUCGGCCGAAAAGAGAUACAGUGGCGAUGAGAACCAGACACCAGACAAACAAACUGGAAAGAGGAAGACCACUUCAAGGUUUGGAGAAAUGCAAACGAUUUCCAAUCCUUUGGUUCUUGGAUCAACAGACAGAAGAGUGGAGAGACUACUGAAGAAUAUAAACCUGCACCCAUCUGUGCCCUCUGAUCUACAUCGUGCUGCAAUUUCCAACAGUUUCCUGUCAAAAAAAGUGGUGCGGGAUGUUUGGAAGCAGCAGACAUUACUUCAGUUGCUACAGGUGGUUGAGAUCUCCAUGCUGGACUGUAUUCUGACCUCGCCUGCCAAACCGGAGCCCCUGCGCUUAUCUCUGCGCAACCACGGCGACCUGGUCAUCUCCAACACCUGCGUGGAUCGUGAAGUCUCAGAGAGUCUCAACCUGCAUGAGUUGGACUCUUGGCUGUUGGCAGCAGUGGAUUGUCUUGAGCUGUUCCCAGAUCAGUUAAUCGUGGUUGCCAGUGAGCAGCUCAUCCAACAGAAUGCAGCAUCUGGGGAGGGGAAGCAUAAGAGACUGCUGUUCGACACCAUCGCUAAGUAUUACAACAGCCCAGAGAGACCUCCACUACUGUCAGACCGCUACACUGACAUCCAGACUGGAAUCUUACAUCUUUUGGAUUGUGGGAGAAGUCAGGAUGCCUUGAGAGCAGCUCAGCUUUGUAUGCAGCUCUUGGAGCCCACGAGCAGAGACGAGUUACGCAGACUGUUGGGUUUUAUGGCAGCCGCUGCAGAUAAUGAAGCUUUCAGACUGCACAAGCAGACAGAGAACCGCGCUUUGGUUAGCAAGACAUUUGUGAAGGCUGUGAUUCAGAGUAAGGAAAUGACUCGAGUCCAAUGUGAGCAGCUGCUGCUGUUCCUCAUGGAUAAUCGCACACAACUCUUUAAGACACCCUUAUCAUUGAUUGAGGUUGUGAGGAAGACACUACAAACUUUGCAGCAAGGGAGAGAUCUAGAUAAUGUAGCGCUGUUCACAUUCUGCCAGCAGGUGUCGCUCCAGCAGUAUGAGGAUAACAAAGAUAAAGCCACUCUUGACAGUUUAAAGCAGUUAAUGCACCAUAUCGCUCACAGUGACGGCCUGUCCGUCAAACAGAAGAGACGACUGGCCAAACAGUUCCAGAAACAUCACCCGGGGAUUUUUCUCCAGCACUUCUUCUCUACAUUUUAGAAAGUAAUGAACACUAGAUAAAAAUAGUUUGUUAGUCCGUGAAGGUUUUUAUCAAUCCGGGUUAUAGAAUUAUAUCAGGUAGAGUUGUUUGUUAAACUUAUUUUUAUUAGUUGAAGGCAUUUGACAAGUGGCUUCAUCUGUUAUAGGACUGAGUGAAUGCUCCUCCAUUCCACUUAAUAUAGCAAUCCAUAGAUUAGGGUUACUAACCUUACAGAAAUGUGAGUUACACUUUAUUUUAAGGUGUCCUUGUUACAGUGUAAUUACACAUUUAAAAACUGAGUAAUAAUUAACUACAUGUACUUACUAUAGGGUUAGGAUUAGGUUUGGUUUAUGGUUAGUUGCAUGUGAUCAGUGUCAGACGUAAUGCAUGAUUUUUUUAAAAGUAUCUUUCCCCAACACUGCAUUUGAUUAUGAAUAAUUUAUAGUUAUUACUAGAGUAACUAGGUGUAACACGUGUAACAAGGACACUGUAAAAUGAAGUGUUACAGGACUGUUUGUAGAUGGAUUACCUCAUUUGAAAAUAGACUGAUUUAUAGAAGCUUUAGCUAUAGAAGUAUUAUAAUACUAUUAAAAAAAAAAACCUGCUAAUCACUACUGAACACUACAUAGAUUUAAUCAGGUGGUAAGUGAAUAUACUGUUUUCAUGAUCUUAAACAUAUCUUGGUAUAGGAUUACUUGAAUUGUGCGAUAUGCUCAGGUUUUUACAAGCAAUUAGAAUUGGUAUUAGCUGCACUUAAAAUUGAGAAAUAUAUACCUAUGCCUUUAAAGGUAAAGACUCAAAUUAUGCUCUUUCUUGGAUCACUUAUUUACUUACUUUUUUUAAUUUCAAUGAUUGUGAGCACAAAGGAUUUUAAUGAAUAUUGACCUCAUUUAUUACUGUACUCUGUAUAAGUGUCUACUUCUGAUUUUUAAAUGGAUUUGUAUUGAAAACAUGUAGCAUAAUAGGUUUUGGCUGUGUAUAAGGCAUAAUUAUUCAAAAAGACAAAGGGAAGAUUUAACUGCAGAAGUUAUUUUAACUUCUAAAAUGAUGCGUGAAUGCACUGGAUUAACUGUGGUGUUACAUAUCAAUGGUAUUUAUUAAGUAAUUGAGCAGAAAGUGAAUUAAAUUGCAUUACUGGUACUUUGAACUAAUUAGGUUGACUAAUUUUUGUAAUUGUAUUAGGUUUUUUUUAGAUGCACUUUAAUUUUCUGAUAUUUAAAACUUAUUAAAUGUCUACACAAGCUCA